UGGCGUCAUGUGACAAAACAGGAAGUACUCAAACCUUAACAACUCAGGUGUAGCAAUUGAUCGGGGAAGUGCUGAUUAUAGUCGUAAAGAAAGCUGAGUUGAGAGAUACUGAUUUUAGUAACUGAAUAAUUUUCGUAAAUGUCAUUUUUGUGUUUCUCGCGUGCCUGUAGCACCUUGGUUAGCAUUAGCAGUUAGCCUGCAGUCCAGUUGCAGCCUCACUUAUAAUAAUAAUAGUAAUAAUCUCUUCAGUCUUUCCUCUCACAGCUGUCCUUUAAAUCAUAAUGGAGGCUCGCUUCACCAGAGGCAAGUCAGCUAUUCUCGAGAGGCCUCUGAGCCGGCCUAAAACCGAGGUGAGCGUGAGCGCCUUCGCCCUGCUCUUCUCGGAGGUGGUGCAGUACUGCCAGAGCCGUGUGUACUCGGUGUCCGAGCUGCAGGCUCGCCUAGCGGAGCUGGGGCAGCGAGUGGGAGCCAGCCUACUGGACGUGCUGGUGCUGAGGGAGAAAAACGGCAAGAGGGAGACCAAAGUGCUAAACAUACUGCUGUUCAUCAAGGUAUCUGUGUGGAGAGCACUCUUUGGUAAAGAAGCAGACAAGCUCGAGCAAGCCAACGACGAUGACAAGACUUACUACAUAAUCGAGAAGGAGCCCCUCGUCAACACCUACAUCUCUGUUCCCAAGGAGAACAGCACCUUAAACUGCGCAGCCUUCACGGGAGGGAUCAUAGAGGCCAUUCUCACCCACAGCGGCUUCCCCGCCAAGGUCACCGUCCACUGGCACAAGGGCACCACGCUCAUGAUCAAGUUCGAUGAGGCUGUCAUCGCCAGAGACAAAGUACUGGAAGGAAGAUAGGAGGGAGAUGGAUAAGAGGCUUACGGGGUGCAUGUGGCUGGAGACUUGUUGCCAUUAUGGAUUCUCAGGACUCGAGUGGUAUUAAAAUUCACGUUCAACUAUAAAAUGAGUUCUUUACGUUAGAGAAGCAGGAUUACUACAGCUGUAAAGAAAAUGACUUUACAGCCUUUCAGUGGAGGUUGAGAUUUGGGAGGAGUUCAGAAUGUAAACAAAACACUACAAGCUCUUUAUUUAAAGCCUUUGUUGCUCUAGUGCUUUUAAAGGGGUUUUGUUUUACUGCACAAUGUAAACCGACACCAGCGACUCCCAAACCAAACAGCUGAUAGAAAAUGUCCCAUUUCCUCAUAUUAGCUAAAGUUUGUGACUGGAUCUGUGUUGGCAGGCCUGAUGGCAGCACAGGUGUCCACAUGUUUGUACUGCAGGGUCACCGCAACGCUGCUACCUCGACCUAUUCAAGAGGUGAGGCAACUACAUUUGGGUAACAUGUUAAACCUGCAGCUGCUACGCGGUUAGCAUGUGUUUAUGCUAAAUAAUGUUUGUACAUGCAUUUUGUUAUUAUAAAAUAUAAGUAAAUGUAUAAGAAAAUGUUUGGGAAUGGGUGUUUGUUUUUUUUUUGUUGUUGUUGUUGUUGUUUUUUUGUUUUUGUUUUUUAUUCUGUCUUUUUUUAUUUUUGGUAUUUAUAAGAGAAACUGUGGUGGUUUCACCAGAAACUAGAAAAUUCAGUAUUGGUAAACCAGGGAAGGGCAGUGAGUCAUUUGUCUCAGAAAGAAAAUAAAAGCGCUGUUCUUGUUUCUUAAACUCACAAAUAUGAAAGUAAAUGUCAUGCUGUGAAAAAA